UGAUAGUUUAAAUGGCAUAAUCUCUCCAUACUUAAUUAAGAAGUUGUAGAUUUGACUAUUUGAGUCUCCUAAACAGGGACGUAUAUCUGGAUCUUGCACCAUAUAUAUGAUUAAUACUCAUUUACAAGCACCAUAUAUCAUCAACAAACUGAUUAUUAUUAUUAAUAAUUAAUAAUUUCCAUCUCCAUAUUCGAAAUGUCUUCAACAAAGCAAGUAGCGAUCCCAAAUGUUGUCCUGCAAUCAUCCUUCAGCAUGCCAGUGAUAGGCUUUGGAACUGCUGCCUUCGAAACCGACGACGGCGACGUCCACAAACAGGCAGUGAUUGAGGCCAUCAAGGUCGGUUACAGGCACUUCGACACUGCUUCUGUAUAUGGCUCCGAACAGGCUCUGGGAGAAGCCAUUGCUGAAGCUCUUAAACUUGGUCUCAUAAGCUCCAGGGAUGAACUUUUCAUCACUUCCAAGCUAUGGUUAUCUGAUAACCAUCCCGAUCUUGGUCUUCCUGCUCUACGCAAAUCACUUCAGAAUCUUGGAUUAGAAUACUUAGAUCUCUACUUGAUUCAUUGGCCAAUGAGUGCCAAGCCCGGAUUAUUUAAAGCCUCUUAUGAUGACGAAAAUGACUUGGUGCCAUUUGACUUAAAGGGAGUCUGGACUUCACUGGAACAAUGUCACAAAUUGGGCCUUGCAAAAUCAAUUGGAGUCAGCAAUUUUUCUAUCAACAAACUUGAACAUCUCCUUUCUUUCGCUACAAUUCCUCCUGCAGUUAACCAAGUUGAGAUGAAUGCUUCUUGGCAACAAAAGAAUCUAACAGAAUAUUGCAAAGCCAAGAGUAUAAUUGUAACUGCAUAUUCUCCUUUGGGAGCCAAAGGAACCUCUUGGGGCAGUAACGAUGUUAUGGAUAGUGAAUUGCUCAAAGAGGUUGCACAAGCUCAUGGAAAAACUGUUGCUCAGGUGAGCCUUAGAUGGUUGUACGAGCAGGGUGUAACUUUUGCUGUGAAGAGCUACAACAAGGAGAGAAUGAAACAAAACUUAGAAAUAUUUGAUUUUUCACUUACAAGUGAUGACUAUCAAAAGAUUAAUCAAAUCAAACAGACGCGCAAGUCAGUUAACAAUCCAACUACCUUUGUUGUUGCUGACCUAUUUGAUGGAGAAAAUUAGAUAUUUAUUCACAAGAAAGCAUCUUGUUUUAGUUUGUCUUUCAUGUCUUUUAAUUUUCUUUUAAGUUUCGGUAUUUUUAUUGUUACAAUAAAUCUACCAUAUCAUCCAGUUUCGAAGGCUUGUACUAGUUUGGGGAUGAUGCUUUAUUAGUUUUUGUUGUACUUGUGAGAUUAAAUAACUGAAAUUGAAAUAAUUAUUUUGAUGA